AAACUAACAGGGAAUCUAUUCAAAGACAGCAUCUGCUUGUAAUUGACAGGUGGACACUCAUCAUGUCUAAAUACUUUUACUACACCCAGCUACCUGCAAUUGUCUGGGGUGAAUAGUCUUGCGCGUUUUAGAAAGGGUUGCGGCUCAGUCAGUCGGAUGCCGUACUGCUCCGGGAUAGCACGUGAAAUGAGUUCGUUUGCUUACGUUUAUUCUAGAAAUUCAGUUAUAUGAUAAUUUCUUAACUAUAAAAUCUCGAACAAAAAAAUCAGUAAACUUGUGAUAGUCGAAAAAAGUUGAAAUCGGAUGGUGAAUUUAAGAAGCAUACUUUUUCAAAUUAGUGUCAAUUCUUUGUAAUAUAUCACCGACUCGGAUCGAUAUUACUAGUGUCUAUAUUCUCGGACAAGGAAUAAAAUGCAAUAAAAGUUGGAGGCUUGGCUUCCACUAAAAAAUGAGUAUUAGAAACGAAAGUGAGGAAAUGGAAGUGGAUGAAGAAUCUGACGAGGUUCCGCUUAAUGGAAGUGAAAAUAGCAAAAUUCAUAGCCAAAUAAAGGAUAAAGAGUUUUUAAGAAGAUGGCAUUUUUUAGACUUUAUUGUGGAUAAGCUGAAACUUUGACUGACCAGAUGUAAAAUGCUGAAAUCGAAGUGGUCCCGAUUCAAAGAGUUCUGCUGUCGAAGACCCGGAUUGGUUCUUCUAAUUCUGCCUUGUAUUUUGAUUCUGACGCUGUAUUUAAUUUCCGGAAAUGAAAUUGACAAUUUACAAUACUUGUCUUUCAAAUCGUACAACGACACUGAUAUUGUUGAUGGAUACUUGGUGUGGAAUUCAAAAUGUCACAUGCUAUCGAAAAGUCCUCUAGAUCCGUCCAUUGUUAAAUUUGUGAAGAAGGAAAAAUUCCAGGUCUGCUCGAAAUCACCACUUUUGACAACGAUAACGCGCGAUAACAAUGGUAACAGUAUUUUAAUGAUCAACGAGAAAGAGGCCAAACAUUAUAAAGGACUCUCUUGCUGCUGGGCCCCGAUUAUCAGACCGGUCCCGAAAAAGCCAAGACCUCAGGAAAAAUUUGACUCAUCAGUCAAAAUUGAACAUUGUGUCGACUUUGGCAAUUCAGUCACCUUGCCAAAAGAAGUUGAGCUCCUGAUGGUGUCUUGCAAAGAAAACAAGGGAUCAAAAGCUACGAAAGAUAAGUCAAAGGCGAAAUACAAAAAGCCAAAAAAGGCAGUUUCAGUUUACGAUAACGUUCAUCCAGUUCUGAAUCCCGAAAAAGUCUUGGAUCGCCUCAACAUUUCUGAAUCCGGAAAUGCAACAAUUGGUCGACAGAGGAAAUUGAGUGUUUUGUUAUUAGGUCUUGACAAUGUGUCUAGAUUAAAUCUCCAAAGGACACUACCUCGAACAGAAAAUCAUAUUCGAGUAAAGGGAUGGUUAAGUAUGAAGGGCUACAAUAAGAUGGGAGAAAAUACUUUUCCAAAUUUAAUGGCACUUUUGACUGGCCAAAAUCAAGCAGAUUCUUAUGGUAGAUGCAAACCGACUGUCCCUUUUGGCCUGGAUCAUUGUCCUAUGAUUUGGUACAAUUUUCGAAAUGUUGGGUUUGUCACGGCCUAUGCGGAAGACGAAGCUAAAAUUAGUACUUUUAACUACCUCAAGGUUGGGUUCGUUGAUCCACCAACAGACUACUACCUUCGACCUUAUAUGAUAGCUAGCGAGAAGGUCCUAAGCAUUCGAACAAGAUUUGGAGACAAAUACUGUACAGGUCCAGAAGUUACAGUCGAAAGGAUCCUUGACUAUGCGAUAGAGUUUGCGAAAACCUUUCUAGGUCUACCAUAUUUUGGAUUCUUCUGGAUGAACUCCAUCAGCCAUGACACCAUCAAUGGCUUAUCAUCGAUGGACGCCCACAUUCUUACAAAAUUAGAACACCUUGAGAAAGAAGGAGUAAUGAAUGAUUCGAUGAUUAUUUUUUUGAGUGAUCAUGGAAUGCGAUAUGGAGACAUCAGAAACACCUUUAUUGGUUGGUAUGAAGAAAGAUUGCCUUUCAUCUACAUUUGGCUACCGGAAUGGUUUCGAGAAGAGGAUCCAGAAGCCUUUCAAGCUCUGACAGUUAAUCAGAAUCGAUUAACUUCUCCUUAUGAUCUUUACGAAACGUUGAGAGAUAUUUUGAUGAGAGCUGGUGGUGAAGCAAUUUCCAGUUCUGGUUGUCCAAAGUGUAGAUCACUUUUCAAAACUGUUCCAAUGGAAAGAGGCUGUGAAGAUGCUGGAGUGGCUUCUCAUUGGUGUGUUUGUACAGCCUUCCAAAAGGAAGAUACUGGCAACAAAGUUGUGGUAGCAGGGGCCCAAAAAAUUGUCGAUCACAUUGAAAAUAUAGUCAAAAAUUAUAAGAACAAAAAGGGUAAACGUCUGUGCUCAAAACAGAAGGUGAAGAAAAUUCACAGAGUGCAUCGUGUUCUGGAUUUGGUUGGAAAUUCGACUUCUGUUACGGAGUACUUUUAUAUGAUUGAAGUGACUCCUGGAGAUGCAAAAUUCGAAGCAACAGUACGAUAUUACGGUUCGGGUAAUUACAGUAUUUCUGAUGAAGAGGUCAGCAGAAUAAACUCUUAUGCUUACAGUGCAAAGUGCCUCGAUUUUGGCCAAAAGCGGUACUGUCAUUGUGUGAAGUAAUUGAUUAAUCAAAAAAUUAUUAUAAUUAAAAUUAUAAUUAGACGAAUUAUCAGUGUUCGGAAAGUUAUUCACUAAACAAUAAGUGUUUCUUCUCUAAAAUAAGUUGAAUUUUAUCGUUACUAGUCAACUUUUUCUUAAACACUCUUAAAAGUAUCUGUCAUUUAAAAACUUAAAGCGUUCAAUAUAUCAGAAAUGUCCUCUCAUUACAUUGCUUUUUAUUUGAAGUAUUAAAAAUGCAUUUUGUUUUUUUAAGGCAAGAAUCAUAUCACUAAGAAUAUUAAUUAUACCCUAUUGUCAAUUUUUCUCUUAAUAUUAAUAAUUAAUUAUCGUUUUUAAACAUGCAUAGACUUUUAAGUAACUAGUUAUUUCCGAACACUGGAAUUAAAAUUAUAGUUAUGAUGAUAAUAAUAAUGUAAUCCUAGGGUCAUCCUGAUUUUCAAGACCUUCCGAAAAAAAAUUAAAUAUCUUCCCUGCUUUACAAGAUAUAGUAUUGAUCAUUUGCCAAAAUUGAUUAAAGUAACAACUGCAGCGAACUUGAUUAAAUUUGAUAAAUUGAUAAUAAUUGAGAUUCGAUAAUUGAUGAAUGGCCUGUUAGGUUUAAAUGAAAACACUUUAAUUUUAAAAACUGUGUUUCAAAUAAUGACUUUAGAUUUCCACAUAGUUACCGGCACUGUUUAAAAAUCACUUAUUUGAAUGCAUUAAAAAAAUGCUCAUGUUAGGAUUUAGAAAGCUCUUUUAUUUUGAAGUGUCAUAAUUGGGGAUGAAAUUCUCGAUUCUGAUAAAAUUGUUGCCAUUAUAUUAUAGCCAGUUACAACUUGAACUGCAAGUUCAAAUCAGGUAUUGUGAAAUGAUGUACAAUGAAAAAUAUUGUUAAGAGAUAAUUAUAGGCAUUGAAACUUAUUUUGCCAGUAAAAGCUAAGACCAAAAAUGAGAAUUUACUAUAGUUUAGUGUAAUUUACAAAAAAUCAAAGUAUUUGCAACGUUUUCUACAAACGAGUAAUGCUAGUUGAAUAAUUUGUUUUGGAUAAUAUUUGUCUGUCUAAAAUAGCUUUAUUUCUAUUCUCUUUUUGAGUGAUUUUUCGAAUUUAUUAAUAUAAAAUGAAGAAAUAGAAAAAAAGGAAUGCUGAACGCAGAAAAGGUAGAUUAGGAAUUGAAGGUGCUAACUUUAUUCAUAUAAAAAUCGAUAAUGAUGUUUCCAUUUUGUGUGCUUUCCAAUUCCGAUUUAUCACUCGUGAAUGACAUUUAAGUUUAAAAGUCUUUAUUAUAGUCGCUAGUUAUUUCGGUAUUUAAGAUUGAGAAAAAAUAUUUAAACUUUCAUUAUAUCUAUCAAAGUUUCCAACAGGUCUAAUCAUGUAGAAGAAAAAUGUUAUUCGUUUCAACUGAAGUGUGCAUUUUCUGUAUUUUCCCAAAAAUAUAUUUGAACUUACAAUGAUGGGUGAUAAAUCACACCGUUUGUAGUUAUUUGGAAGAUUUUAAAUAUAUCUAAUAAGUGUGUGCUAAAGAGAGUGUUGAAUAGCAGUUAUUCUGUGUUGACACAAAGUCUAGAAGUGCGAGGAAAAUAACUGUUGUGAGGACGUGUCCUUUAAAUAAUACAUAAAUUCACUGACUUGAUAAAUUUGCAAACAGAAUAAUGAUCACAUUUGUAAUUUCAUAUAUUUUUUCGUAACCUUAUGAGAGGCAAAAUAAAUAUUUAAUUUAUUGUAAUUGUUUUUGUAUGUCAUGAAUGUUUAAUAUAAUCAGUACUUGAACUGAAUAAUGGAAAUAAAAGAAUAUUGUUAUAAAGCUGAGAUGUACAUAUGUAUGUUUGGUAUGUUGAGGUAAAACGAGUAUGUAGUUCGUUGACUAAUUUUGUACUUAAAGCAUUACAAAUAAAUGUAAGUGAAGCGUGAA